AUGGAGAUGCCUGUGCAACCGGCGGGCGCCGGCUUGGGACCCCUACCAGCCGGUCGAACGGGUCACGCUUGUGCACAAUGCCGGCACAGAAAGCAAAAGUGUGGCGGGUUCACGCACGACAUCAAGUGCCGGCCGUGUACCACACGCCGAGUCAAGUGCAGCUUUCAAGAUGAGAGACGGCGGGCGCGGAAAGGUCUGCGAUUGGGAACUUCGCUGUCUCUUCGUCCUCUGCUGCCCUGA